AUGCGCCCCGCCGCCGCCGCCCCGCUGCCGCUGCUGGCGGCCUCGCUGCUGCUGCCGCUGCUCCUGCCGGCCGCGCCCGCCGCCCGCGGCAGCCUGGAGCCCCCGGCCGGGAACGGCAGCCACCCGCCCGCCGCGCCGGCCCCGGGCAACCACAGCGGGGCCCGGCUCAGCCCCGUGCCCGCGGUGCUCCGGGACCUGUCCGCGCUCAAAGCCGCCGUCAUCGGGGCCUGCGCGCUCACGGCCGCGCUCAUCGCCUGCCUCCUGCUCCGCGUCUUCAGGUCUGGCAAGAGGAUUAAGAAGACCAGGAAGUACGACAUAAUCACCACUCCAGCCGAGCGGGUAGAAAUGGCUCCUCUGAACGAGGAAGAUGACGAGGACGAAGACUCAACAGUGUUUGAUGUGAAAUACAGGUAAAGCAGCUCCGUGGAGCGUCAGUGCCCUGCGAGGUGUCAUUCUGCUGUCGAGGGACCUGCUGAACCCAUAACUGUGAAAGGGGAGGCUUUCAUCUCUGCAGCGUCACAACCAAACCAAGCCUCACCUCCUCGAGGUGCUGUUUGUGCAGCAGGCUCUGGAUCUUCUGACUAAAACAUCACCAUUUGGUUCCCUGGUUUCCCAACUGCUGCACUGGAAUGACCAGAGUUCCUCCUCGCAAACUCAGCUCUCUUGCUUUAGGAGGGCUGGGGUGUCACUACAUCAUGACAAGAUGCAGCCCCAUGUACCAACGUGCAGCUCGCUGUGGUCUAAAUAAAUUUUGCAGAAGGAGGAGGAAGACAAGGAAGAUUGAACUGAGCUGCCUCAAGGACUUGUUUUCUAAAAUUCUAAUUCAAUACUUCAGUCUCUGUUAAACUUUGGUCAUUGUUAAACAGAUCAUGGGUUUAAAAAAAAAAAUCAAGAAGUAUUUUUGGGCCUUAGAGAUGUGACGUAGGACUUUAGGUGGUAAAAAUGUAAGCCAUGCUGAAAUGCCACACUAUGUUUGGUGUAGAAUUUUGAAGCCUGGGGGUGAGAGGUUGACUCAUGUAGAAAAUUUUCUAGACUUGCUACUGAUUUUUUUUUUUUUUUUUUUUUUACAACAAUUGCACUAAGCUUUCAUGAUGACACUCUCAUUGUCCCAAGGAGCUCUGAUCAGACCAACUUCAAUAAAUGAGACCACUGGGAAAUAGGAAGAAUCAGGCAUACUCUAAACUAUAGCAGUCUUGGAUUAAAGAAGAUAUAUUUUUGUAAUUUUCUGCCCUUCCAUGGGGAGUAAAAUCAGUGUUUUGUACUGUCCUGUGCUGACUGUAACUUGUCUACAAUUCAUCUAUAUUACCUUUUUUCUAAGCAAAGUAAGUCCUCAUGUGGAAUGAUUGGAUUGCAGAGAGAACAUGUCUUAUUUCUCAUGGAAGCUUCAUUUGAGUGAUCCUACUCUCUAUCAAACUGGAAGUUUUCUCUUACUACCUGCUUGACAAAGCUCACUUAACUCAAGGAUGCAUUUUUAAGUGUCGCUCUCUGCUGUGCUUUGUGCUGCAGAGGUCAGAGCUGUGGGAUGACACUGUGCAAAUGAGAUUGCUGCCUCUGGAUGAGUGGGGUUUAGGAGACCGCAGGCAUGUACGCUUUCCAGGCCAGAGGGAGAAAGGGCAAACCUAGCUGGGUUAGUUUCUUUACUUUGUGGUUUCCGUUUAAAGUAACCACAGAUGCAGUUCAGACUUUACUGCACCCCUUAACACCUUUUAUUUUGGGUUUUUAAGCUGGCUGGAACCUUGCUUUUCCUGGGGAACUCGUCGUUUCCAAUUGUUUUAGGAUUGUCCCACUGUUUGCUUGACCCUCAUGCGGUUGCAAUCCCUCAUAGAGACUGCAGAACUUCUGGCAAAGCACCAGCCUUGCAGCUGGCUGCCAGUGUUGGGAUUUUUAUUUUUUUUAAAGCCCUAUUGGGAUUCGAAGCUUGCUGAGAACACCAAACUGCUUUGCCAUGAUACCAUGACCUGUGCCAGUUCUGUGUGGCUCCCCUGGGCCCUUCAGUCAGUAAAAGGAGGUGAAGGGGAAUUUUUUUUUUCCCUUUCCAGUAGCCUGGUGCUUUCAUCCCAGCAGCUCCCAUACCACAGCUUGCUUCCCCUAGCCGUGACUCAGCAAAAGCUCUGCAGACAGCCAGCUCAGCCUGGAUGGAAAAAUCCCACAGCAGACUGUUGUGUUAAUAUUAGUCAUCAAGGCAAUAUAAAAUGCUCUGUGAUUUUCAUUCAUGGAAUGAGUUUGAGUCAUUCCACUGUUACUAAGCAAUAUUUGACAUGUCAGCUGCAAGGUGAGGAUGGGCAGGGCAGGUUGUGUUCUGGCUGGUAGGAAUUGCAGGGACCAGAAGGUGGAAGGAUGCUGCAGGUUGAGAUGAGAUCUGGGGCUCUUUCCCCGCCCUGGUAAAACAGGUUUCAGACUUUGGCUGGAUGCUUCAGAAGGAAAUACAGUGUCUCUUUGGGACUGCAAGACUUUAAAGACUGGGAAUUGAACUUCUUGGGCAGACCGAGCCCUUUUGAAGUUGGAGAAGUGGCAAUGCUGAGAGGAGAGAGGGAGGUUAAAAGCUUCUGUUGGCGUGUGUGGAAGGAGGGGACGGGUGAGGUGGCUGCCCUGUCUGUGCAGGCACCAUGGCAACGUGUUCACGUCCACUCUCCUGCCACGCUCAUUAAACUGAGCAUUAGGCACUCAGAGUGGUGGACAGGGAAUGAAACCAUCUCUGUGCACAAAAGAAAGGCAAGACCAAGUUAUGUAGGAGACAGAUGAGAGGAAAAGGUGCAUGAAGGGCACUUCUCCCUUCUGAGGGCGAGUCAGUUCUUGAAAUUGGGAGUUUUUGCAGCGACUUCAGGCCACUUGCUGAGUUAGGCUGGCAAAGGCCAUGUGCUCCCCUUGCUUGUGGCUAAACAAUCCCUCUGUUUUCACAACAUGGCAAAUCUCAGUGGUGGACAGGGACCAAGGUAUUUAAGGUGUUGAAGAUAUAGAUGCUCAACUGCCAUUGGGAUGCUCUGGCUCCUCAGAGAGGUCCCAAACUGUGUGCCAUAAGCUAAAAAUUGCUUAUAGGGAAGCAGCAGCUGCUUGGUGGAAAUAAAAGGUCAACCUGACCAGUUGCUCACAGUCAUGAAAAUAAUCCAAAUGCUUUGUUUGAUACUCAGUUGCUGUUGCAAAUGUGAGGCAAUGUUUACCUCUACAAAACUUGCUGUAUGUGAUUUAAAGUGUCUGGUUAAACAUUCUAUAGCUAUAUUUAGUUAAGAUUCUAAGAGCACUUGACGUGACUCAUCUAAUAGUAUAUAUAUAUGAAUAUUUUUUUAAUAGUAGAAAUCAGUUUAAAACAUAGUUUUAAUAAUUUGAACUGUUUGGUUCAGGUAGUUGUAGGAGUUCAUCUGAGAAGAAAUAGCCAUCAACCACUACGUGAGUGUUUUACCUUAAUGUUCUGUGUAUCUUACAAUGCAGAUUUAAUUUGAUCGUGACUGUAAAGUGUCUUAGUAUCUGCUGCUAUUUUGUGUUGCAUAGUCAAACUUGCUUUGUUCAAGAGCAUUUUUAAAGGCGUAAUUUUUUUGUUGCAGAAAAUGAAAACAGAAAUGUUAUUACAGCUGUCUGCCCGUAGCUCACUCUGUGCUUACAGAGUCUACCGACUCAUAGCAGCGGCAAAACAGAGCAAGUGAACGAGAGGCUUUUCUAUUUCUGCGUGCUGUGCUGAGGAGGGAAAACCCUGCACAGAAUUGCAGCUGCUUUACUCAACCACAGCCCUGUCACCAGAGAUUACACUUGAGAAGCCAAGAAGUCAGUGUGCCAUGCUUGCCUGCAGAACUAAAUACAGAGAUAGCUUUGUAUUUCCAUUUUUUGCCCUGGAAGUUGCAGAGAUGACUGCAAACACUUGCACACUAACCUUGUGCUGUCCUGAUGUGCUUACCCUUAAGCCCAAACUGACUUGUAGGAGUCUACAGGCACUAAUUAAUUCAAACACUUAGUUCAUAACUGUUUCCUCUAACUCCAUGUACAUGGUAUAAUCUCUGCAGAGCGGCAGGCUGUGGUUUUUGUUAAGGAUUUUUUCUUCUGUUAGAUGAGUUUCUGCUGCUGCAGUUUGUGUGUGAGGAGGUAUCAGGACCAUGUGUUCAGUUUUGUGCAAUUGCUUGAACUUUUUUUUUUUUUUUUAAAUUUGUUGUUGUGACCAAAGCUUCUUUUUAAGGAAAAAUUGGUAAGAUGGGUUUGAAUGGACUUCUCAUGUUUCAGUAGAAACUGCCAUCAUUAAACAUGUUCUUGAAA